AUGUAUGUCCCCAAACCUCUCCUCACCCUCCUCGCCCUCGCCGCAACCACCACUCCACUCGUCCAGGCCGUCGGCAACGCCAUCGUCAUCAACCAAUGCUCCUCCCCCGUCUGGCUCUGGUCCGUCGGCGGCUCCGUCGGUCCCUCCAACCGCAUCGACCCCGGCCAACAAUACUCCGAGACCCUGCACUAUGACCAAGCCUCCGGUGGCAUCGCCAUCAAGAUCACCACCGACGAAGGCGGCCUGUACAACGGAAGCCCGCAGACCAACUUCGCGUACACCCUGGACGGACAGGGCGUGUGGUAUGAUCUGUCGGAUGUGUUUGGAGAUGCGUUCUCGGGACAUGCUCUCAAGGUCGUUGCUGCGCCGACUUGUCCGGCGAUUUGCUGGCCUCAGGGCGUGGCGCCGAACGGAGCGAGUGAGACCAAGGUUUGCGGUGCGAAUGCGAAUGUGACGCUUACGCUUUGCGCGGAGACUUGUUAG